AUACAUUAACGGAUAACACGUGUGCGCAGCUGGAUGUAGCCAAUGCACUGCGGCAGCCUGAGCCCUGGGCCUGACUACCUUGUCUUUGUCUUUGAAAAUAAAACUUAUCAAACUAAGUCAUUUGGUAGUUAGUCGAUCAUCAUGAGUUUUGUAGGAUACGAGGAAAAGGUUCGCCCUAAUGACACAGUGAUAAUUUUUCUUGGACAUGAUUCGAUGAUGCCGCUAAAAAUGGUUUUUGGGUGCACAACUCAAACCAAGUACGGAGCCCUGCGCCACUCUGAAAUCAUCGGGAAACGUUACGGGUCGAAAUUAUCGACUGUCGGUGGAAAAGGAUGGGUUUACGUGCUUCAUCCUACUCCAGAGUUAUGGACUGAAAAUCUUCCUCAUAGAACUCAAGUGUUGUAUUUUCCAGAUAUCAGUUUAUUGACGAUCGAGUUAGAACUGAAACCAGGCAGUAUUGUGGUUGAAGCAGGAACUGGCAGUGGAUCUGUUUCCCAUGCUCUAACUAGAACUAUAGCCCCAGAUGGUCAUCUCUACACUUUUGAAUUUCAUGAGCAGAGAGCACAUCUAGCCACUGAUGAGUUCAAGGAACAUGGACUUUCUCACAUCGUCACUACAACACACAGGGAUGUUAGUCAGAAUGGAUUCCAGUUGGAGAAUGACUAUGUUGCUGAUGCUGUAUUUCUUGAUCUUCCAUCUCCAUGGAAUGUCAUACCUCAUGCUAAGAAGGUCCUAAAAUCAUCAGGGGGAAGGAUAUGCUCCUUUUCACCGUGCAUUGAGCAAGUGCAACGAGUAUGCCUUGAACUUGACCAGCUUGGGUUCUCUGAUAUCAAAACGGUAGAGUGUCUGAUGCGUACACAUGAAGUGAAAACGAUCAACCUUACUUUACCAAACCUAGGACAACCCUGUAUUAAGCCAGAUGCCAGAGACCCCAAACCGGACAAGGACACUUUGGAAAGGACAGAAGGUGGUGCACGUUUAGUUGACCUUGGAGCAAACUAUUCAUUUGAAGAACCAGGGUCACAAAGCUCCACAGGAGAUGGUACAUAUCCAAAAAAAUGUGCAGUAGCUCCAAGAUCAUCACCAGGACAUACUGGUUAUCUAACAUUUGCAUCGCUUUACUCUUAUCAUGAAUGAGGAUACAUUAAUCUAGGAGUUGCUAUGAAUUUUGUUUAGAUUUUUGCAUUGUAAAUCUUGUCUACUCAAAGGGCCUGGUACUAAUAUUUAUCUUGGACACAUGAAGUCAUCAAGUCAAACUUUGAUAAGGUUGGUAAACAGGAAUUUUGAGUUUUACAAAUAUUUAUCAGCUGCAGGUAUGAUUGUUUACAUCUGGGUGCCAACUUUCAACCAUUAAUGUCACACCAUCCAAAAAACAUGGUAACUCAUUCAUCACUCUACAGAUUUCAAAAAUAAAGUUUGCAACUUCUAACUGCAGGUAUUUGUAGCACAUGACAUGAUGCUGACUAGUCUCAUCUUGGGUACUUUGUCCACAGGCAUUCUCUGUAGGCUUGGUGUACUUAAGUUAGAGGUUAAGAAGUUAACCUUGGUGAGGUUAACCUCGAGGUUAAGUAAAUUUGUUUUUUGUUCUUUACUCAUGGAAAUACAUGUUCAUGUUGGGUUUGGACAUAACUGUUGAAGAAUGUAGCUAAUAGUAAUAGUGAGUUGUUUUUAUUCGAUGCAAAUCUCCAGCUAUGCAUCUUGGAAAUUGUCAAUUGGUCUUCACUCACUUACUUUGGUCUACUUUCCUUUUGGUCUCAUCAUUGGUACCAUCCUACAUGGUCUAAUCCUAGUUUGUCUACAACUGGUUUUAUAUUGCCAGUUGGGCUAUUUCAGUUUUGUCUAAUAUCCGCUUGGUCUAACACCAUUUAUUCUAUGAUUAGGUGAACUGUUUAUGAACCAAGUUUUUAUGUGACUAAAUGCAAAAUUACAAGAAGACAAAAUGAGUAUUAGACAGAGUGAUUGCUGCCUGCUGGACCGAACAGAAUUAGAUAAAUUUAAUUGUAGACCAAUUGGGUAUGACUACAAUGGUGUUUAUAAUCAUAGAAAUUGACCAUCAGCUAGUAGACAAAGUGGAUACAAAUUAGCCUAAUACAAAUAACUGCAUUUUGGAUUCAUCACUUAAUUCAUAGUGCAUAAAAUUGAGAUACCAUGAUAUAAGCGCCCUUUUCAAAGAGAAAACUCUGGUGAGAUUUUGAUGUGCUUACUCCAACCCACAUUAUGAUGUCACUUCUUCCUUGUGAUCCAUAGAAAUUUGGAGGAAGCUUAACAAAUUUCCCACUAUGCAAAAUAAAAAUAAAACAAAAAAUGACCAGGCUUGAAUUUUUAAUGUUAGUAGCAGACAUCAUAUGUGAUUUCAGUUGUGUUAUCCAAAUGCACUCUCCACAAAUUCCUUGUGCUGUAGCACCUUAAAGUGCACUGCAUUCCCACUUUUAAUGGUCUUUUAAUUGUACAGGGUAAAUAUCAUGAAAUCAUUUUGUCUGCUGCCUCCUAAAUGUGGGACCUUCUGGUCUCUAUUUUUAGUUAUAAAAAUUGAAACGGUCUCAAAUGAUAAUGACUUCAUAAAGCGAAGUAAGAAUGGUAAAAAUAAUGAUUUUGAUCAGAUGAUUAUUUUAUGAUAUUUUCAAUAUAAUUUCACAUAGUAAUGCAGCACAAGAGCAUCAAUUUUGUAAUUUAACCAAUCAUGUUGCAUCUUGUUACUUUUCUAAUUGUUAUAACCGGUAUUGUUGACUUUGUUGUCAUUAUCUUUGUCAUAUCCAGAGAAAUCAUGCGGCACUAUUGCAGAGCAUAGUUUGAGCUCUGGUAAAGCAAGUUGCUUUCAUUGUAAUAAAACAUAAGGCAUUAUUAUUAUUAUUAUUAUCUUUAUUA